AUGUCAACAAUUCGUGAAACUUAUUGGGUAUCAGGUCCAAUAUUAAAUUUAGAUCCACUGAUACUAUCCGGUUGGUCAAUGUGUUAUAACGAUAAAUAUGCGGUGAGAUCUGCAUCUGGAUCCAAAUUCCCGAUAACCGAUUCAUUGAAUUAUCAAUGUAAUAAACAAAAACUAUUACUUGCUUGCCGACCAGUGGGUGCGCCAACAUUUACAUUAGCUGCAAUGGGUAUGAGAUCUGACGUUUUGUUUAAUUGUAGAUCAGCCGAAAAGUGUACCCAUCUAGCCAAUGGUGUUGGAUGGUAUUAUAGCUCAACACACUCUUGGGGUUUUGUUAAUGGAACCGAUUCUGUUUUUCGCGACAAGUGUGAUAAGUUAACAGAUAAAAAUUCGAAUCUUCGUUUAUGUUGGCAACCAGCUGUUGGUGAAGGUGGGUAUCGUCGUGGAACAGCAAAGCCAUUAAAUUAUAAUUCAACUUGGGAACGAACGAUAUGGCACGCAAAUUAA